AUGCAAUUGGCCGUUUCUCCCUCGACUGCAGCCUCCCGCCCGAGAACCGUCCCCGCUGCACUCCAGAUCCACACACCAUGCCCGCACCAUGUGCUUGGCCUUGGCCCCAAUCACACCGGGGCACAUGGGAGAUUAACUGGGCUGGCUCACUCCACUCAGCAGGGCCCGGCGACUCCCCUCCACUCAUCCAGGCCCAAUCUGCCAGCCAGUCUCCUGCUCCGCCGAGCCAUGGCAGCAGGGCACCACCAGCGCCGUCCCGCCUUCAUUACGCCUGCCAGAUGGGCUGAGAAUUAG